AUGCAUGCAGAAAGGCUUAAACUAGUGAUGUCAGGAUUGAUUUCUAAUGCUCAGGGGGCUUUUGUCAAGGAAAAACAUAUUCUUAAUGGUAUUUUAAUUUCUAACGAACUCACUGAUAGCAGAUUGAGGCAAAAAAUAUCGGGAAUUAUGUGUAAGAUUGAUAUGCAGAAAGCCUUUGACAAUGUCAGUUGUCCUUCGUUGUUCACUGUUCUGGCUAAGAAUGGAUUUGGGGAUAAACGGAUUCAAUGGAUGAGGUGGCAUGUUACAGGGACGCAAUUUUCUAUUCUGGUUAAUGGAGAAGCAACAAAUAUGAUUAAACCUUCUAAAGGUGAAAAAUGGAAUUUUAAUUAG